AUGGAGGAAUCAGUGUCCACAAAGAAAACGCUUAGAACUGAAGUAGAAGUUAGGGAUAGGAUCAGUGAUUUGCCAGAUUCCUUGCUUCUGCAUAUUCUCUCUUUUCUUCCAGCUAAAGAAGCCGUUGCCACAAGCCUCUUAUCCAAGAGAUGGAGACCACUUUGGCCUUGCCUUCCCACUCUUGACCUUAAACGUCAGGACUUUCAGAGGUUGAGAUUCUUCCAUCGAUUUGUAGACAGGAUGCUCAAACUUGCAGAUUUGAAAUCUGUCAGAAAGUUCGUUCUUUGGCUUGAUUAUUAUGAUCAUCAUGAGUAUUUUAGACCUUGGAAGAUUAGCAAGUGGAUUAAUAUUGCUGUGGUUAGUAAUAAAAUUGAACAUCUGGAGCUACGUUUGAAUCCGGAUAAGGGUCACUUUGAGUUGCCCUCUGGUAUUUUCACUAAUAACAACAUUAAGGUUUUGAAGCUGAGUGUAUGGAGUCUUUUGUCGACUAGUGGAGUAACGGUGGGCACUCUUUCUCAUGUUAAUUUGCCUUUACUUGAAGUACUACAUUUGGCAGAUGUUGAAUUUGCAGAUUUUAGAAGUUUGGGAAUGCUUCUUUCUGCAUGCCCUUUGCUUAAACACCUGGUAGUAAGAUUUUCGCAUGUAACCAAUUACUGUCCACUUGACAUUGGAAGACUUAACCAUUUGGUCACUGCAGAAGUUCCAGAAUCUCUACUUCCAUUGAAAGUUUUCGCUAAUGCUACUUUUCUGUACUUCCAUUGGGUAUGA